GUCUCCCUCUGCGAGAGCCUCUGAUCUGGUUACUAUGGAAACAUGACCACAUAAAAGGAAGUCAAUUCUCAUAAUUCUGAUGCAUGAGAUGUAACUGGACUAAAGAGUAGAACAGGAAAAAUUUAGUGCCAACCUCAAUUACAAUGGCUACCGAUUCAGGGGAGCCAGCUAGCACAGAAGAUUCUGAGAAACCUGAUGGAGUUUCAUUUGAAAACAGAGUUCAUCAGAUGGCAACAAUUUUGACAGUGGAAGCUAGACGAAAGGAAAAAGACAGUGCCAUCUCUGCUUCUGGAGAAACUAUAGAAAGGAGAUUUUUCCGAAAGAGUGUUGACGACAAAGUCAUUGAAUCUUCCUCCAAAGAUCAGAGAACAAAGACCGUAACAAACAUUCCAAGAGUAGAAAAGCUUCCCACAAAUGUGCUAAGAGGUGAACAAGAAGUUAAGUUCACGCAAUAUUCAAAGGCAGCUUCUGAUUCCUCCAAAGAUUGUUUCAAGGAGAGAAAUGAAAAGGAAAUGGAAGAAGAAGCAGAAAUGAAGGCCGUAGCUACUUCUCCUAGUGGCAGGUUCCUGAAAUUUGACAUCGAGUUGGGAAGAGGAGCAUUUAAAACAGUAUAUAAAGGAUUGGACACUGAAACAUGGGUUGAGGUUGCUUGGUGUGAGUUGCAGGACCGGAAAUUAACCAAAGCUGAGCAGCAAAGGUUCAAGGAAGAAGCAGAGAUGUUAAAGGGUCUCCAGCAUCCCAAUAUAGUUCGAUUUUAUGAUUCCUGGGAGUCUAUAUUAAAAGGAAAGAAAUGCAUUGUAUUAGUGACUGAACUUAUGACAUCAGGAACAUUAAAGACGUACUUAAAACGAUUUAAAGUCAUGAAACCAAAGGUCCUAAGGAGCUGGUGCAGGCAAAUUUUAAAGGGGUUGCAGUUCUUGCACACUAGGACUCCACCUAUUAUUCACCGGGAUCUGAAGUGUGACAAUAUUUUCAUCACGGGACCUACUGGAUCUGUGAAGAUUGGUGAUCUAGGCCUAGCCACCUUAAUGCGCACAUCAUUUGCUAAGAGUGUCAUUGGGACUCCUGAAUUUAUGGCCCCAGAGAUGUAUGAAGAGCACUAUGAUGAAUCUGUAGAUGUCUAUGCUUUUGGAAUGUGUAUGCUGGAAAUGGCAACUUCGGAGUACCCUUAUUCUGAGUGCCAAAAUGCAGCUCAAAUAUACCGUAAAGUAACUAGUGGCAUAAAACCAGCCAGCUUCAAUAAAGUCACUGAUCCUGAAGUGAAAGAAAUCAUUGAAGGUUGUAUUCGUCAAAACAAAUCUGAAAGGUUGUCUAUCAGGAACCUACUAAACCACACAUUUUUUGCUGAGGAUACUGGACUGAGGGUGGAGUUAGCAGAGGAAGAUGAUUGCUCAAAUUCAUCCCUGGCUUUAAGACUCUGGGUGGAGGACCCUAAAAAAUUGAAAGGCAAGCACAAAGACAAUGAAGCUAUUGAAUUCAGUUUUAAUGUAGAAACGGAUACACCUGAAGAAGUAGCAUAUGAAAUGGUCAAGUCAGGAUUCUUCCAUGAAAGUGAUUCCAAAGCUGUUGCUAAGUCCAUUAGAGACCGGGUGACCCUGAUAAAGAAGACAAGAGAGAAGAAGCCAGCUGGCUGUUUGGAAGAACGCAGGGAUUCUCGGUGCAAGUCUAUGAGGAAUGUUUUCCCUCAACUCCAGAAUACAACUUUGCCCCCUGCUCAUGCUCAGCAUACUGUGACUGAAUGUGAAGAAACUGAAGUCGAUCAACAAGUGCGACAACAGUUUCUAUUAAGAAAACCACAGCAGCACUGCUCCUAUGUUAUAGGUGACACUUUGUCCGAGGCAGGAGUUGGAUCAGUUAUACACUCAGAUACAAAUCAGCCCAGUACAGCCUAUUCCUCAGACCAGAUGAUGGGUUCUCAAAUGGUUUCUAACAUCCCAGUGGCUGAAAUAAAAGUUCCUGGGAAAAUUUAUCCAUCCCAGCAGCUCGUAGGACAUUACCAGCAGGUUUCAGAUUUGCAGAAGCACCCAAAGCUGACUCAGCCCCAAAUUUUGCCUUUGACUCAAGGUCAGUCCACUGUUUUGCCUGUACAUGUCCUUGGACCGCCAGUUGUCUCACAACCUCUGGUGUCCCCAUUAACUGUCCAGAAGGUCUCACAGAUAAAGCCUAUAUCCCAACCAGUUGGAAUUGAACAACAAGCAACUCUUCUAAAACCAGAUUUAGUUAGAAGUUUGCAACAUGAUAUGACAGCUGUGAAGGAAAACACUAAUGCCCCUGACAACCCAAGUGGAAAUGGCAAACAAGAUCGGAUCAAACAGAGAAGAGCUUCCUGUCCUAGACCAGAGAAAGGGACUAAAUUUCAGCUUACUGUUCUUCAGGUAUCAACCUCUGGAGACAACAUGGUGGAAUGUCAACUGGAGACACACAAUAACAAGAUGGUGACUUUCAAGUUUGAUGUUGAUGGUGAUACACCAGAGGAUAUAGCAGACUAUAUGGUGGAAGAUAACUUUGUGCUGGAAAGUGAGAAAGAAAAAUUUGUAGAAGAAUUGAGGGCUAUCGUAGGUCAAGCCCAGGAGAUUCUUCAUGUCCACUCUGCUGCAGAUAAAACCACUGGAGUUGACUCUGUUAAUGUGGAAUCCAACAGUAGCCAAACAGGAUCAUCUGAACAAGUACAGAUAAAUUCUGCAUCCACUCAAACCAGCAAUGAAUCUGUUCCUCAGUCAUCCCCAGUUGGUCGGUGGCGAUUCUGUAUCAAUCAAACAAUAAGAAACCGUGAAGCUCAAUCCCCUCCUUCUCUUCAGCAGUCCAUGUCUACAGUUCCUGGGCUGUAUCCACUUUCUAGUCCAAGAAAAAUAAAUAAUAAGGAUUUAUCACAGGAUACACUGCUCACUCUAGAAAAUAAUCCAUCCCAGCGUGUACUUUUCACCUCCAAGUCAGAACACAAGGAUGUAGUUGAUGGUAAGAUUUCUGAAUGUGCCAGUGUAGAAACUAAGCAACCAGCUAUACUUUAUCAAGUGGAAGAUGACAGGGAUAUAAUGACACCUGUUGCUAGUAGUUCCACUUACACUGCUACUUCAGUUCAUACUGUUCCAGUUGAAUGUGAGGGGCUCACCAACCAAGCAGGAAUAUUUCUACCUGUGAAUCCAUGUCACCAAGCUUCCAGUCAGGCUAAUGUACUUAUGGCACCUCCUGGCGAGUCAACUCAUAUUGCUGGUAACUCUCUUAGAACUUCAGCAUUUAUGUCUGAUCAGAAGUCUCAGUCCUUAUCAGUGCAGCAGCCAACCAUAGAUGCAGAGUUUAUAUCCCAAGAAGGAGAAACCACAGUGAACACUGAAGCAAGUUCUCCUAAGAUGGUUGUCUCCACUCAGACCCCCAGCCUUGAACCGACUACCCUUCUACCCACUACUGUCCUGGAAUCAGAUGGGGAAAGACCUCCAAAAAUGGAGUUUGCAGAUAACCGAAUUAAAACUCUGGAUGAAAAAUUAAGAAACUUGCUCUAUCAGGAGCAUAGCAUAACUAGUGUCUAUCCCGAGAGCCAGAAGGAUACCCAAAACAUAGACUCUCCAGUUUCUUCCUGUGCUGAAGAUAUACUCUCAUGUCCAGUGCCAGAAGUCAUAGCCAUCAGUCACUGUGGAAUUCAAGACAGUUCUUCACAGUCCCCUAAUUUUCAGCAGACAGGCUCUAAGAUUCUGUCCAAUGUGGCUGCCAGUCAGCCUGCUAUCAUGUCAGUGUUCAAAAGGGACCUGAAUGUGAUAACUUCUGUACCCAGCGAAUUAUGUUUACAUGAGACGUCCUCAGAUGCUUCACCUCCGGGGGACCCAGAGACCUAUCCUGCUGAUGUGUCAAGAGGUGGAGCCAUUCAUCUGCAGACAGGAGUGGAAACAGAAGAUAUGAGGUCAGCAGUUGCUCCUGAACCCAUUCCUCUGACAGGAGAGUCCACAGCUGAUACUAGGGCUUUGAGUAGAUGUAAAGCAGUGAGUGGAUCAUUUCAGCGGGGUCGGUUCCAGGUGAUUACAGUUCCUCAGCAGCAGCCAGUGAAAGUGGCAUCUUUUGGAAUAGAACACAGACCAGCCUUCACUGAAAUGACAAGCCAUUCUAGUGAAGAAGCUCUACCCUCUACUGAAACAGCAAAGGUUCAGCUGGUUGAAAUGGAACCUGCCACACACAACCCACAAACUUUAUUUUCUCCUCAGAAGUUACAAACCCUUCAUGAAACAAUUAAGGAAGAUAAAGGAAUUCCUAAACAAAGCGACAACUUCUCAUCUUUCAACACAGCUUGUGAGACUGAUGUCUCUUCAAUAACCCCCGAAAAGGAAUUGGAAGAAAAUUCAGCCACAGGAAGUAGCAUGCCGUCUGGGUCUGAUCAUUUGCCUAAAGAGAAAGACAGACUUACUGUUGGGAAACAACCUAGGUCUGAUAGUGAAUUUUCAGCCUCUCUUGCUGGCAGAGGGAGCUCAGUAGCAAAGCCUUGUCCAGAGAGUAAUCAGUGCUUACCACUCCAUGAAGAAAAAGCCUACACUCAAAGACAGAGCUCACUUUUCUAUUCGCCAUCUUCCCCAAUGAGCAGUGAUGAUGAAUCAGAAAUAGAAGAUGAGGACUUAAAGGUGGAGCUUCAAAGAUUACGGAAAAAACAUAUUCAGGAGGUGGUAAAUCUUCAAACCCAGCAGAAUAAGGAGUUGCAGGAGCUCUAUGAUCGCCUUCGGGCAAUCAAAAAUAGCAAAAUCCCUUCAUCAGAGAUUGCUCUUCCACCUGUGUCACCACCACGUAGACCAAGAUCUUUCAAAAGCAAACUUCGAAGUCGCCCCCAGUCGUUGACCCAUGUGGACAGUGGUGCAGUUGCUACAGAUCCACUAUGUGUGGAGAGUAAUACAACAUCAUGCCAGCAAUCUUCAGCUAAUAAAAAAGGGAUGUUCACAGAUGACUUACACAAACUGGUGGAUGACUGGACAAAGGAAACAGUAGGAAAUUCUCUUAUUAAGCCAAGUUUAAACCAACUUAAGCAGAGUCAACACAAAUUAGAGGCAGAUAACUGGAAUAAGGUACAUGAAAAUAUUCCAUCUACUCUGGGCUACACACCAACAUGGAUUUCUUCUCUGUCCCAAAUCCGCGGAGCUGUCCCAACCUCCUUGCCACAAGGACUUCCACUCUCUUCGUUUCCUGGGCCAUUGUCAUCAUACAGAAUGCCCCCUGUUUGUCAGUAUAAUGCUGUGGGGGGGCCAGGGUAUCCAGUACAGUGGGUAGGAAUCUCAGGAGCACCACAACAGCCUUUAGUGAUUCCUACCCAAUCUGGGGGGCCGUUCCAGCUGGGGAUGAGUUUGCAGGCGUUUCCAGCCUCAUCAGUGCAGAAGCCAUCCACCAUCCCUCCUGGUCCCAAGUGA